UUAUUGACUUAGUGGACAAAGUGCGGGAGAUUGAAACUAUCCGUCUCAACGAAGAAUACGUCAUGAAAAGGCAUGGAAAUCCAGAACCAGCACUCAUGGCGCCUGUGCAAUCGUUUCCCAACACUGGUUAUGGUUCACGAGCAAACUUCAGGGGAGGUUUUUAUCACCGUGGAGGAUACCGUGGUGGAGAGGCUACCGGACCAAGACAAUCUUACCGAGAUCGAGCUUGGAAAGCUCCACCGAACAGAGGACGUUUUCAAUCUUGGCCGAACAAAGGUGGAAGUUCACGGCCAAGAAGUUCAUCGGAAGAAAACUGUUGGCGUUGUGGAGGAGUUUACCAUUCGCCCAACAAUUGCAAUGUUAAGGACAAGAUAUGCGACAGAUGCGGACAGAUGGGACACAUCAAACGGGUGUGCUUUGGCAAUUUCAAGCGUACCGGAGGAGAGGUUUUGGACGUACCACCGAAAAAGAUUGCCGUGAUUGAGGAUUGCGGAAAAUGCGAGGAAGAACCGAAAGUCGAAAACUCGGUAAUAAAAUCGAAUUUGCUACACUCGGCAUGUGCUGUCCAAUCGUUUGCGAUAGAAGAGAAAAUGACGAUUCACGAUAAUCUAACCUACCAACCAAACAUCGACAACAAAGCUUUUGAUGCUGGUGGGUCCAACAAGGCUGCAAUUAAUCACGUUAAAAUGCCAACUAAUACGCAAACCACCGUAGAACGUAGCUUGUCAUAUACGAGUGAUGGAAAAGAUCUUAGAAAACACAUUGAUUGUGUUGAUCGGUUGGGCCUUGAAGAGAAAACUAUUGAUAACACUCAGGGUGUAAGUAUAAACUGACUCAACCAAUUUGUAUGUCGUUAAUAGGGUAUUUUUAAUUGAAUUUAGGUUCAUCGUAUCUUCAUGAACCCAAAUGAAUCUGGCAAUGGAAUUAUCAUGGCGAUAGUAGCCGGAAUGAAAUUUCCAUUUUUGAUAGAC